AUGAUUGUGAUUAUGAUGUGCAAUAAAUAUACCGUCGCUCUUCUGUUGGUGGCCAUGGUUGCUUGUGUCCUGGCGGGAGGCUCUGGAGGCGGCUACGGUGGCGGCUACGGAGGCUAUGGUGGUGGUUAUGGCGGCGGUCGCGGAGGAGGCUAUGGUGGGGGCUACGGAAGCUCUGGAGGCGGCUAUGGUGGCGGCUACGGAGGCGGUUAUGGAGGCUCUGGAGGCGGUUAUGGUGGCAGCUACGGAGGCGGUUAUGGAGGCUCUGGAGGCGGUUAUGGUGGCAGCUACGGAGGCGGUUAUGGUAGCGGCUACGGAGGCGGUCAUGGUGGCUAUGGAGGCGGUUAUGGUGGCGGCUACGGAGGCGGUCGCGGAGGCUAUGGUGGUGGUUAUGGCGGCGGUCGCGGAGGCGGCUAUGGCGGUGGUUACGGAUACGGGAAAUAA